UUAAAAGAAGAUGCUGGCAAUACAGAUCAACGAAUGGCCAACAGGAUGGGCUACGUUCCAGGUGCUGCUACAGCUGCCACAGGUGGAUUCCCGCAACCGCUGGCUGUGGGCGCCUCUUAUGCAAAACCUGCACUGGGCGCCAGUAAUUACACAAAUACAGGCUCUGCAAUGGCUAUUAGUACCGGGCAGCCAGGCAUGUCAGUUACUAAUUCUGUGAUGCCACCGCAUCACCACCCGCAGAUGCACUACUCGCGGUACGAUCAGGAACGAUUUGCCAGCGGUCGUGAAGAGACCGCAGGUUUUCGCAUCGACACAAUGGCUACUUACCAUGGGAAGGCGUUAGCAUCCAUGGUUACCGGUGGCGCAAAUCCUAGUUCGGCCGCGGACAAUGCGGCUGGAGUGCAGACUCCAGGUCGUACUGUUCGAGGUACUACCGGAGGUGAAACUCCUCUGCCAUACCAAGAUCCGCCUGCUCCUAGAGAUCCUCGAGGUUUUGGCACAGGUAUCCCUAUGACUCCCAGUACCACACCUGAUGCCUAUCGCGGAUUACGUUCCACGGCAGACGCCCGUCUAGCCGCUCGAAAUAAGGCCCGCGCUUCGCGUAUCCCCAUCAUCAUUAUACCGGCUGCCCCGACUAGCCUCAUCACCAUGUACAAUGCCAGAGAUAUUCUACAAACUAUCACUCGAAGGUUUUUGUCCGUUGGAGCUAAACUGCUCUAUCUCGUGAACUAA